CCUCGUCGCCAGCGGUCACCGGAGCGACGCCCGCUCCACUCGGCGGCAGGCAGGCAGAUUAAUUUUCUCCACUUGGACUUUGCUGAGUUCUACAACCUGUAUUCUAGGAGACAUCUCUUUCAACCUUCCUCUGGAUCCAUGAUAACUUGGUCUUCAGAUCUCUCCUUGGAAAAGACAGUUGCUUGACCGAGCCGCUCAAUAUGAACACUGUGGACAGUGGGGUUGGUGGCCUUUGUGCAAUAUGUGGAGACAGAGCAACUGGCAAGCAUUAUGGCGCCUCCAGUUGUGAUGGAUGCAAGGGGUUCUUCAGACGCAGCAUACGAAAGAAUCACGUUUACACCUGCAGAUUUAGCCGACAAUGUAUUGUUGAUAAGGACAAGAGAAAUCAAUGUAGAUACUGUCGUUUAAAAAAGUGUUUUCGUGCUGGGAUGAAGAAGGAAGCUGUCCAAAAUGAACGGGACAGGAUAAGUACAAGACGAAGCACAGCUGACGGCAGUAACAUUCCUUCUAUUAACACAUUGUCCCAGGCGGAAGUGCUCUCUCGUCAGAUCCCUGUUUCAAGCCCCAAUUCUGGUACUACUGAAAUCAAUGUUAAGAAAAUUGCUGGUAUUUGUGAUGUCUGUGAAUCUAUGAAGCAACAGCUCUUGGUUCUUGUAGAGUGGGCAAAAUAUAUUCCAGCCUUCUGUGAACUACGGCUAGAUGAUCAGGUUGCUCUGUUAAGAGCACAUGCUGGGGAACACCUGUUGCUCGGAGCAGCAAAACGUUCUAUGGUUUACAAGGACAUUAUUCUUUUAGGUAAUGAUUUUGUAAUCCAUCGCAACAGUGCUGAAAUUGAGAUCAGCCGAGUUGCAAACCGGAUUCUAGAUGAGAUUAUACGGCCAUUUCAGGAACUUCAAAUUGAUGAUAAUGAAUAUGCUUGCCUAAAAGCAAUCGUCUUCUUUGAUCCGGACGCCAAAGGACUGAGCAAUCCAAUGAAGAUUAGGAACAUGAGGUUUCAAGUUCAGAUCAGUUUGGAAGAUUAUAUCAAUGACCGUCAGUACGACUCCAGAGGACGCUUUGGAGAACUCCUGCUACUCCUGCCUACUCUCCAGAGUAUUACUUGGCAAAUGAUUGAGCAAAUACAAUUUGUCAAACUAUUUGGAGUGGUUAAAAUUGACAGCUUGCUUCAGGAAAUGUUACUAGGAGGUACGUCUAACGAUUCUGCUCAUCUCCAUCCAGUACAUCCUCAUUUAGCCCAAGAUCCACUUACUGGGCAAACUCUGCUUAUAAGCUCAGUAACUGCUCCUGACCAGAUUUCAACUCCUGAAACUCCACUACCAUCUCCUCCACAAGGCUCCGGCCAGGAAUACAAGAUAGCUUCAAACCAAGUUACAGUUAUUGCACAGCAAUCUCUUCCAAAACAAAAGCCAUUGUGAUAUUCAUCAGUACUUCAAGUUGUAACACAAGCACUGUGUUAAACCAUUGACACAGGAACACUCAGGACAGAGAACUUCAAUCCACUAUUAAAAGAGGCAAGAACUAUUCCCUUCGGAGAAGCAUUUGGGUGUGUGUUUUUGUUUCCUUUGCGGGUGGGGGGUGGGGUAUCAUUUUAGCUAACCAUUUUUUUAAAAAAGCCUGAAGUCAGAUAUGAUUUCUGGAUGCUGGUAGAUGAAUGGUGGGGAAAGCUGUUCCUUGUUUGCGAUGCCUUUGAAUCAUAAUUGAAGAGGUUUAAUUUAUUGUCCCUUUAUGCCAUUUGUCAUCUUUAAAAAGCCUUAAGUAAGUACUCUUCCUAACUGAAUGCAAAACCUGAUUUCAAUAAAAUUGCAAGCUGAAAUGUAGAAAUAAUGAAACAGCAAAGCAAGCAGUUUUAACAGUUAAUCAAAGCAGGUGUCUCAUUUUCUUGAGUAUACAGUGGAGGUUGAAAGCCAAAAUACUUCCUUCAAGCAUCUUUAUGACAUCUGGGUGUGUAUUGUAUAGUGAAGCCCUGUUCAAGUUUACUCAGAAAUAUGGUCCACCGUAUGGAUAUAGCACUGCAACCUCUGUGGAAGCAAGUCUCGCUAACUUCCCUGGGGCUUGUUUUUCAGCAAAUAUUGCUAUGGGAGAUCCUUCAAAAACACAUUUUUCAGUAAAUCCCCUUCAGGAGAUAUUAAGAAUGCAGGAAUAUGACUACUGUGAUUUUAUUGUUAUUUACUAAAGAAACAACACUCUUAGGAUUUGGUGUUGGAAACAUACUUUCAAAUGCUGCACAAUAUGGAAUAUGUUCAGAUAUUUGGUCCAGGAUUACAUUUGGACAACUAGCCUAGCAAGCACCUUGCUCCUGCUGUGCAACAUGGUGGUGGUAGCACUGUACCCCUGACUCCUCUUGCUUCUCACUGCCUCAGAUGCUUCCAUCUUCUGCAUUAAGCGGAGUAAAGAGAUGCAUGUUUGGAAAUGCACUUGCUUAAAUAGCUACAAAAGUGGCAAGAACCUUGUUUCAAUUCAUCACAGAAGGUCCCUCUGCCCAAUUUUUUCUGUGGUCCCACUUUUCUCCCUCACUACAGCUCACCCCCAUUCAGCAGCAGGGUCUUCUGACUCAUUGAGUAACAUUUUCAACAUAAUGGAAAGCACUGGUGGAAUGGAUACUACCUCUCCUCUGCAUCUUCCCCAGAUCUCUUGUGUGGGGGGGAAUUGUCUAGUGCUUGAUAUAAUUACAAAUAUCAGAAAAGCCAGCUGUAAAGGCUGUUGAAGGGUCAUAUCCUGACACAGGCCAGAACUUGAUUACCAAGAGAUCCCUGCACAUAGGUCACCCCAGACAGCAUCUCUACCUGUGGUGUACAUGGCCAGACCAUCACUGUAGGUUAUGAGCCGGGAUGGAACUAACGGGGAUGAGAUGGAGUGUGAUGCUCCAAGCGCAGAAACUGGCCUUUUUCGCUCACCACUCUCCAGACAAGAGGUAGGGGUUGAGCAUGCUCAUCUGUGCUGAGAAUUUGGACUCCAGACCUUAUUCAAACCAGUUGCCCUCUUGGAUGUCCUCAAGCUUCUGUUAUUGCCUCAACAUGUCAGUUUCCACUUAUGGUUGGUGGAGUAGAAAGGAGCCAUAUGACUGACACUUUUUUUGGGGGGGGACUACAAAUUAUGAUAUUACCUGAGCAGUGCAGCAAAAAAAAGCAAAGGAACUGAGAUUUUGGUGCUUAGCACAGUACAUAUAUUUUAAGAGCACAAUAGUAUGAUUUCAUAGACUGACAAAAUAUUCUAGUUUCAGAAAUGAAACUCUUACCUUAUUUUUUCAACUCUUAAUAUUAUUAUCUAUUUUAUACAGACUACUCUUCUUUGUUAAAUAAUAAGUCUAUUGUAAUUUAUUGAGAAUCUGAUUUAUUUUCUAAAUGCCAAAUUAUUUUUGUAAUUGCACAAAAUCAAAAUGCCUAGCUGUGUUAAAGCAGCUUAUUGUGCUGAGCUGUUUGAACUAUGAUGUAAUGUAUGAGUGUAGGCUUGAGUAGCCAUGAAAUGGUUGCCGCAAAUGUUUUCAGAUUGACUGUU